UUUCGUAUCAUUCAUGACGAUCUUCUUCAAGUUGCAUAUGGUUGCAAGCAUAUUUUGUUAUUGUGAGCAAUGAUAUGUCCAGAUAAGAUAGUGAAUUUGUUUGUACUUUGACAUUUAGUAGAAAUGGGUAAUCAAGUGACACGUGCUGGACAUGCAUCCUCGAAAAAGACUGAUUCCACUGCACACGCCGGCGAUACGGCUAAUGCAAAUAGCCUUUCGAAAAGUUCCUCAGGAACCGAAUUAGAAUCUAAUUCGCAUAUGCAAUUCUUUCCGAUCGAAAGUUUAACGAAGACAUUGUCUCAUCUGACUUACGAGGAGGAUCGAGUGCACGGUAUUACAAAAUCUGUAUUUCAACGGUAUCUGUUUCCUAAUUAUCCUGAUUUGGGUGACAAAUUAUUUGACUUCCUUCAUUAUACUGCCAAUGUCAACACGUCACAUUUAAGCGCGAAUGCUUUUAAACAUCAAGCUGAAAAAUUCCUUUCUGUAAUGAACGAUCAAACGGUGCUGGAAAAUUAUGUGAGGAUGUAUUCCAGUUUAAAAGGAGACGGAAGUGUUAAUCCCGAUGGAUUAAAAGCUCUGUUAAACAUUUCCUACAAAAUUGCUAUGGACAAUAGUGGGACUCCUUCUUGUAUUUUUGCGGAUCAAAUAAUUAAUGCAGUUGUUCUAUCUUGCUUUCAUGGUAAAUAUGCCUUGUCUGUGAGUUAUGUGAGCAACUGGAUCUGGCAGAACUGUACACGUAUAGUUCAAGGCCCCCAUAGAUACAUAAUACAUGUAUUAACAACCGCAUAUAGAAGUGGUAAAGCUUUGCUGUCGAAAGAACAGCCGCAGCCACUUCUGGAGAUACCCACACCGAUAUUAGAGCAGCCAGAGUCUAUUGAAUUCCCUCGAGUCUUACUUCCUCUGAGUUACGUAUGGUUAUUAGCAUGUACGUUGCCUCAGUGCUACCUUCAGUUAGAUGAUUCGCCAAAGGAUGUCACGCAUGCCUUAAUAGCCAAAAGAAUGGGCACUGUGUGCCCCAGACAUUGGACGUUGCUGUACAACAGCGCAGAACAUGGGACAGGAGCCAAUCGUUUCCUUCAUCACGUACUAGGAUACAGGGGUCCUACUCUAUUAUUCAUAAGAGCAGUUAGUCCAGAUAAAGACACCGUAUGCCCUACGUAUUGUAUAUGUUCAGCAGUAGAAUGGCGCGAGAGCCACCUCUAUUGGGGAGACGAAAAUUCAAUGGGUAUUGAAUUAUUUCCAUCGUACAGGGUUAUAGAAAAUGCACCCAAAGUAUUAUAUCUGAACACUAAUAUCCGGGGUUAUCCUCACGGUCUGCGGUUUGGGAGCAAUCCACGUUCGCCGUAUAUUAGUAUAGACGAAUCAUUCCAUUCGGUCAGUAUUGCAGGUGCACCUUAUCCGAUUGCUAGCUUAGAGGUUUGGGGCUGUGGCGACACGAAAUUAAGGGAACGUCAAUUGGAAAUUAAAAAAUGGCAAGUGAAGGAAGCAGAGAAGCAGAGGAUCGUGAAGUUAAGUGCCAGCGACUGGAUAGAUCAUCCUGAUCGUUACUUACUCGAAUUGGCAGGCCGAGCGUCUUACAACGAAUCGAAUAAGUAGCGGUAGGAUAAGUUUUAGUAUAAUAGCACAAAAUUCAUUCAGGAUUCAUGUACUAGAUUACUUUUGUAUAUAUGUAUAUACUGUGAAGCAUACUAUUGCUCGAAUAUGUACUUAUGAUUCAUGUGUAACGUUUUGAGAACUGUGUUCGGUUCAAGCUCCUUAUCAUAAAAGUGUACUUAUCCUAUAGAGCGUCAAUGAGUAUAGAUUUGAAUCGUAUUCGUGAGUAUAACACACGAUUUUAUUUGUUUAUAGUAUAUCGAAUUUGUGAUAAAACUUAUCAUACGUUUUAAAUAGGAAAGUUUUAAUAACGAUUAUUUUUUAAGUUUCAACGUUUUCCAAAUGCAGUAGAAUCGACAUCGAAAAACCAUAGUACUUAGCGUAUAAUAGUAGGAAGAAGUAGAAUCUUCUUAACUCAUCAUUCAUGCCUCGUAAAACUAUUAUUUAAAGCUAGAAUUUAGGUACUUAUUGCAACGAUCGAAUGUAUCUCCAUGCUCAAUAACAUUAGCACAUUUAAAAAAUAUAUAAGCAAAGCUUAUCCAAAUACAUAACAAGUGAAAACUGUCUCAUACACAUUGACUGUUGAACAUUUAUAUUAUUAUAAAAAAGAAAAGAAAAAAUAAUUAUUUUAACGUCUACUAACAUUAUCUAUCCUGAUUGUUAAUAGAGUUAAAUAUACACACGUACCUGCUGAAGCAGGAUCUUAAAGCAUAGGUGCUAUUGCACAUUUUUAUUGCCUUUAUAUAAAUAUAUUUCGGCUGUUGUGUGCCUUUAGUAAAACAUGUAAUUGUACAAAGAUUUCAUUAGAAAGGUAUAUUUUUAUGGAAAUCUUUUUAAUUGUAUUUUUUCUUACCGUUUGAAUUAGAAGCUGAUGCUAUCUUAUCAAAAUUUAUUGUUAUAAUUGCAAUUACAUUUACAAGUGUUUUGUAAUCAGAAAUUUUAGAUAAAGUAUAAAAGAAUUAGGAAUGUUAAGUGCUUGAAUAUACAUAAUCAUUAUAUCAUAGAAUAUUUGGAGAAAAAAUAUGUGAAGGUUGCUACAGGAUAGCACUCUAGGGCGAAAUUAUAGUAGCGUGUAAAUAAAUAAUGGUAUACUAGAAAAUUUGUAAACUGUUGUAUGGUGCAAACUAAAUAAAAAUUAAGUGCAGUACCGUU